AUGAUAACUAACGAUGAAAACAAUCAAGUAAUUAAUAGCAGUAGACUUUUUAAUGAGCAUAAUAUCACGCAAAGUGGAAUCUUUAGUUCAGAAGACAUGUAGAAUAAUUACAUGAUAUUUAAGAAUCAAAAAAAAUAUUUUUAAUCCUAAGAAGUGUCAGAUAUCAAAUCCAUAAACAAAAAGCCAGAAACAAAUACUAAUAUCUUUGAAAACUAUGAUGAUACAAGAGAUAAGUUUUUUAAAAGAGUCUAUAGUAAUGAUGAAGUACUAGAAAGUUGCUUAGAAUAAAACGAAUAGCACAAAAAAGAUUCUUAGAAUGACAGUAAUUUUGAAUAAAGCAAUUAAAAAUAGUAAUUAAGAGCGAAAAUAAAAUAAGUGAGGUCAUCUGUAUCAAGUAGUAGUAAUAGUAUUAGCAUUAGUGAAGAAGAAAAUGACUUUUAUGAAAAAACUAACAAUAAUAAUUGCAAAAUCGAUUAGCAAGACUAAGCUAUUUAAGCAAAAUAAUUAGAACAUAUGAUUAAAAACAAGAAAGCUGAUAUUAGCCUUGAAUAAGAACAAUUCAUUAGAGAAUUAGGGAAGAUAAAGAACUUUUUUAAAAUAUACAAUUUCGUACUUCCUAAAAUAAAAAAGUUUUUUUUCCUUAAAACUAUUAAUGGAAAAACAAAAAAACUAACAGUUCAAAUGAGAAGAAUAAUAGGAGAUAAAUCUGACUAAUAUUUAAAUGAAAACAAGGGAUUUAUAGCAUUUUUAUCUAAGAGAUUAUUACUUUUACUAGAAAAGAUAAGUAGAUACCUCUUUUUAAACAAAAUUCCUAUAUUUAAUCCUGAAAAUAUAUUCAAAAUCAUUUUUAACAUCAUGACAGUGACUUAUAGUUGCUUUUAUUUAUUUAUAACGAGUUUGAAGAUAUUCUUCGUCUCUACUUUCGGAGUAUAUGAUGAAUAUUUGCACUUGGCUGCUGAAAUAGUAUGGGUUUUAGAAAUGAUCGUUUAAAUGAAUACUGCUAUGUAUUACAAAAAUUAAUUUACAAAAGAUAGAAGAUUAAUUAUGAAGACUUAUUUGGAGGAAUAUUUAUUUUUUGAAAUACUGCCUCUUGUUUUUGAUAAUUUUUCUUCCAGUAAUCCUAUCCUUCAUGUAUGCUACAAGCUACCAUUACUUCUCAAAAUGAAAGGAAUCUUGCAAAAUAUAAAAUAUAUUGAAUUUUACAUUUUGUAGAAGCUUGAAAAUCAUACAGUCUUGUUUCUUUUUAAAUUAAUAUUUGCAUUACUACUAUUUGCCCAUUUAGUAUCAUGCUCUUUUUCAAGCUUGAAUGCCAUAUCCAUUACUUUUUAUAACGAGUAAACAGACUGGACUACUAUUCAAUAAGACUUUUUAAGAAGAGGCGAUUGGUUUGAACAUUAUCUGUGGGCUGUAAAUUGGUCACUAAAUAUUAUGUUUAGUAACUACAACAAAUAGCCUUAGUCUAAAUUAGAAAUAGGUUUUACCUGUAUUUGUAUGAUAGUCUCUUGUAUAGGAUUUGGGUAUAUUGUCUCAUCUAUAGGAUCAGUUCUAAGUGAAAUUGAUAAAGAAUAAAAUGAGUAUAAGCAAGACCUAAAUAUUUUAAACUUAUUCAUGAAAAGAAAACAAAUAGAUAUAUCUUUAGUCAGAAGAGUUAACAUUCACUUAAAAAAAUACUACGAUUAAAAGAGAAAAGUUAACUAUGUGGAAGAAAGUAAAACUCUUUAGAAACUAAGUGAUUAUAUGUCUAAGGAAUUACAAAUUGCAGCAAACAUUAAAAUAUUAAGACGCUUUCCAAUGUUUGAUAAUAUAUUUUCUGAUCAAACAAUUUAUAAGAUUUGUACCAUAAUGAAAGAAAAGCUAUACUAUCCAAAUCAAGUCAUUUUUGAUUUAAAAAACUAACAGCAAAAUAAUCUGUAUUUGAUUGUCAAAGGAGUUGUUUAAGUUGAGCAUCCUGCAAACAUGAAUUAUAAAAGCAUAGAAGAAAACGAAUCAACAGCGUCAUCUAUUAAUUAAAAAACAUACUAAAAUUAAACUCUAAGCGAAGAAAAGAAGGUUAGAUAUGGUUUGAUGUUAAAAAAAGAUUAGUGUUUUGGAUAAUAUGGAUUUUUUACUGGUUGUGAAUAAAUUACUCUUGCUACAAGCACCAAAUUUACUACUCUUAUAACUAUUAAUAGAGAUGAUUUAUUUACAAUAAUAAAAGAAAAUAAAAAUGAAUUUGAAAAAUUUAUGGAGAUUAAAGACAAAAUGGCACUUCAAGGUAAUUUAAUUAACUUAAUGAUACCUUGCUUAUGCUGCCAACAAUUUUCUCAUGAUUCAAAUUUUUGUCCUUAUACACAUAAAGUAAAAGAUCCUUACUAUUAAUGUGUAGGAGUAUACUAAAAUUUGUAGCAAGUCAGAUCUGAAUUUCCAUGUAGAAGAAAAAAGUAGAAAAUAAAAAAUAUAUAAUAGUAAGCUAUGAUACAUGAGAAAGCCUAUCAGUUUGUGAUUGAUUAUGGCUUGUUUGAAUUUUUAGAUAAUUAAACUGAUGAUAAAGAAUAUCUAGAUGAAGAAGACAGCAAAAUUGAUAGCCUAGAUGAAGCAGAGUUAGUAAUGAAUAGAAGAGAUCUAAGACUUAAAUCAAACUUUUUUAACCAAAAAGUACCAAAAAAUAAAAAAGAAUAAAAUUCUAGUGAAAAAAGAGAUGAUGAGAGUAGCAGUGAAGAAGCAACUGAACAAUCUUAGAAAGAUUUGUAUCCAGAAAAAUAAUAGACAACUGAAAAAAAUAAUCCUAACAGCAAAACAUAUUUUUAAGAUGAAGAUACAUCCAAAGACAAGCGUUCAAGUUUUGUAUUAAGAUCACCUAUCUCAAAUUUUGAUAAUGAAACCAAUGAAUAUAACAAUGAAAGUGAGCACAAAUCAGUGAGUUUUAAACAUUUAAAAAGGUGUUCUAUUGAAAAAGAUUAUACAUACCAGAAUAGUGUGAUAAAUCCAUUUAGUAUAUUAAAAAAUAAUGAAACAAUUGCUAAAAAUCUUUGCUCUAAUCUUUAUCAAAAUAUUUUUUCUAUGCUAAAUAAGGCAAUCCCUAGAAUGUUAAAUAAAUUACCAUAACAAAAUUCUAUUCACAAGCAGAGUUUUGAUAAUACCAAAAAUGAAGAUAAUAUUGUAAAACUUAACUCUUUUGAAGAAGUUAUUUAAAAUAGAUAGUAAAGGAAAAUUAAUUUUCGAGAAAAUAAUAACCAAAAUCCUUUAUGCAGUAACCAUAGCAAUAUAAAUUGUUGUUAAAAAGAUUCAACUCUUAAUCCUUCACAAACUUAACACAAUAUUAAAAUAACAAAAUACAAACAUCAAAAUUCUAAACUUUAAAAUUCUAAAUACUCUUAAGAUAAUUAGUUUACUUUUAAAGACGUAUUAGACUAGAUGUUCAUUAAUGGAAUGGAUAGGAUGUGUUCAUUUAUUAACUUUUUCCCUUAGAAUAAUUAUAACUAAGUAUUAAGUCAGUUCUAAAAAUAUUAGGUUAAAUUGCUCGAAAAGAUAAAAUUUAAUGUAAAAAAAAGAAAAGUUAUCUUGAAAAGGCUAAACUCAAAGAGUAAAUUUGGAAUUUAAAAAAAAUGA